UCACCUGCUUCAUACACACCCUAGCCGUCUAUAUGAAGCUGCAUUUCCAGUAGACAUAGUACUUGGAUUCUUAUAUACAGAAGUAACCGUUCCAGUUUUGGAAGUUACCUGCACACAGCUAAAAUGAAAAUUAGCUUGGUAGUCUACAUCUUUUCAGUCUUCUUAAUGAAAGUUUCUAUACAACUGCAGUGCUUUAGAUGUACAGCUCUAGGAUCUACGACUUGCACACAGACAGCCCAGAACUGCUCUGCAGAGAGAUCAAACUGCUUGACAUCAUCUGUUAGACUGGAAUAUGGUAUGGCUGUCCAAAACAAUUCCCUGUUGAAGACUUGCUCAGCUUUAGACUUCUGCAACAAACAAAUAACUGGUAACUUUGGCAAUGCUAAAAUGACAAUCUUAACAGACUGUUGUACAUCGAAUUUAUGCAACCUCUCAGCAUUCAACAUUUCAGGUUUAAAUACGACUACAAAUGGAAGGUUCUGUAAUGCCUGUUCUGGUACGAGUGCAGAUGCCUGCGUAAACAAAUAUAAUCAAACACAAUGUACUGGAAACCAAGACCAGUGUAUCACUGCCUCAGGAACGUUCUUCUCAGGUAUAUCUUAUGUUAGUGGAUGUGCGUCUAGUGACCUUUGCAGUAAAACAAUACAACAGAAUUUGGCUUUCAUUUUAAUGAACAUAACCGAUUCAAAAUGCACUGCUGCAAAUGGCAGCAUGGGAACCACCCUGACCAGCAUCUCAAGAAGCAGGAUAAUUGUUUUAGCAAGCAUGGCCGUGUUUGCUUUAAAACUCUUUUAAUAAACCAUUUUGGCUGUGUAAAUCUAGCACUAAGGGUAUGCAUUUUUAUAGUUUUUAUGAUGAUAAUUUACUUUCCUGUGCAUUACCAGGCAACCCCUAAAUAUUCCUAGGAAGUAGUGCUUGUCUGUUUUUGAAAUUAAUGUAUAGUUUAUUUUCUCAUGAUUUCAUAGAAAUUAAAUUCUGACAUACUUUGUGGAUUUGUUCACAUGAUAUCCUAUAGAGUCAGAAUUCAGGUAUUAAUCUUUGUCACACAUAAAAUCUGGUUACAAAGGAAAAGAACUUUCUUUUCCAUAGUGAGGUGACACAGUGAUAUAAUGUCUAAUACUGAAGCAUAUCAUUAUUACGUGAUGAGAAUUUAUGGGUUAUUAAUGUGUUCCAUUGAAAACAUUUAACUGUGACAUUUUUAACUGAACAAUUCUUGGCUACAUGCUUAAAAUGAAUGUAUUCUAUGCUUUCUCAUGAUGUACAAGGCAUAAAGUGAUAAUAAACAAUGGAUUCAAAGAACCA